AGGAAUCUUGAUUCGGUGUUUAUAUAUACUCGUCUCUUUUUCAGCAUUUACGCUCUGCAGAUUGCAAGCCUGCUGAAACCAUGACGGGCCACUGCAGGUGACUUCGAAAAGAAAGCGGAGAACGAAACAGACCUACACAACGACACCGCUUAUCCAGUGAAAUAUGCCGGCUCUAGAUCUUCCGCUCUACUUGUUUGCUUCCUUGCUCGCUGCCAGCAAUGUGAAAGUGACAUCGGCACGACAGUCGAUGUACGAGAGAGCACCUGGUACUUGCCGCAUGGAGAGUCAGCUGUACCUGGAACCGCAUCUCUUCAGCCAGCUCACCUGUGCACGCUGCUACAAGUACAUGCCCAAUCUGGCCUUCAAGAACGCCUCGAGGCUGACGUACUGUCACGGUGGCUGGUUGUGUCGUGGAGAGUGCGGUCUCGAGUGUUUCCAACCCUACGGUAAUGCAAGUGACGCGAGAAUAUUGGAAACGUUCAAGAAAAAGUUUUACGCCGACCGAUGGGAGACCUGCUGUCACGCUGCCCGGGAAUGCUGCCGGGAGAUGCUAGAAGACGAGCUAGCUGAGCCAGCCGCUACCAAAGACGGGCUACACUGCCCUGCUACAUGGGAUGGCUGGACGUGCUACAAAAACACGCCUGCUGGGACAACUGUGCAUAAGCCGUGCCCCGCGCACGCGUACUUUAUCACCGAGCAACCGCAGUGCAUCAAAAUGUCGAAGAAAACCUGCUGGGAGAACGGUACGUGGUUCUACAGCCAGGAGUACGGCAAGGAGUACACUUUCUACGACUGUGGCUCACUGGAGUACCAUCGUUCUAUGACCAUCUUCUCCAUCGUUCUACACUCACUGUCGGUCGUCGUCCUGGUGCCUGCCAUUAUCAUAUUCUCUGUGUACAAGCAGCUGCAGGUUCACCGCAUCGCUCUACACAAGAACUUCUGCGUUGCCAUGGUGCUGUACGACAUCAGCGUCAUCCUCGUAGACUCGGUCUUCAUCCUGGACCACGUCAACGAGGAGAAGAACAUUCGAGUCAACGAGAACCCGAACUUAUGCAAGGUGCUGUACACCCUUUCACGCUAUUUCCGGUUGUGCCAGUACGCUUGGAUGUUCUGCGAAGGCUUCUACCUGCAUAGGCUCAUCACAUCGGCCUUUGCCGAGCAGAAAUCACUGCUCGUGUUUUAUGUCAUCGGUUGGGGUUGCCCCGCAAUAUUCGUCGCCAUGAGUGCAGCACUACGGGCCCUACGGACCGGCCACCCUUGCUGGAUGGACAACAUAGAGGGAUACAACUGGAUUACGCUGGCUCCGGGUCUUUUCUGUCUCUUUGCAAACUUCGUCUUCCUCUGCAACAUCAUUCGCGUCCUCGUCACCAAGCUCAGAAGCACUCACGCUAGCGAACCUAGCCAGUUUCGGAAAGCCGUACGAGCGGUGCUGGUCUUGUUCCCGCUCUUUGGAAUGCACUUUCUAAUGACGGUGUACAGAAGCCCAGCAAACUGUGGAGCCUGGGAGGUAUAUCAGUACAUCAGCAAAGCAUCGGAUGGUCUACAGGGAUUCUUUGUGGCGGUCAUAUUCUGCUACUUCAACGGAGAGGUUCAGGGCCAAAUUACGCGGUCCAUCGAGCUCGUCAAGCUGGAGUCGUCGCUGGCGAGGGCAGGCGACCGAAGACGCUCAACGCGAACCCAGGUCCUAGCUUGCUGACGACGCGAGCAACCCCCAACGCUCACACUCCGACCCGUGGCUCGUCGGCCGCCGGUGCAGUCGAAGCAGCUUCAUGCGUUCGGCCCCAGUCACUGUCUUGCUGCACCACAACGUGCGGUGCCUGUCGCGGCGUUCGCGCGGCCGCUAUCUACUUCAGCGGGGAUAGUGUAAUAACAAAGACACCCUUUCAAUGACCCACAAGUCCUUCUCCACACGUGUCUCGUCGGUCGACAUGUCAUUCAGUCGGAACGUGUUCAUCAUGAAGAGCCCACGCGUUUUGAACGUGAUCAACCGUCGUGGGAAUCAAGAUUUGUAAACGAAUUUCUAGGUACCUGCGAGGAGCAGCAGGGAUCAUCCUCGUAACCCUCUCAUCCUGAAUCCACCUGUCAGUGUUACAGCUAUAUCAGACCUUCCUCCGAAGCAAUGUGAAUUCCAUUGCAUAGCGCCAGCCGGAUGUGUUCGAAACCGUACUGUGGAAAGUUCUACAUAACGAGAACUACGUAUAACGAUC